AUGGGCAGCACACAAAUCGCACAGUCAUUGCUGCAGUCGGCGCGCGUCGCCCCGGAAAUCUUCCAGCUGCGCCCAGAUUAUCGCGCACUCUUGAUGGUGGUAGAGGGCAUUCCUCCGGGGCCUAGCGACGAGUCUAGUGAGGGGUUUCUGCAGCAGGCAGAAGCGACAGUCAAAGAAUUGUUGUCAACAUCGCCCGUGACGGAACUUCCACAUAUCGCCGCGUGGCGCGAGGCGUAUAAGGCCUUUGGAGCCAAGCCCCAGAAAACACGCAACAGUCUAGAGGCCUUGACACGGCGUGCAGCGACUGGCUUACCACGGGUCAACCGGUUAACCGACAUAUACAAUGCAAUCUCGGUUAAGCAUCAGAUCCCCUUCGGCGGCGAAGACCUUGACAAGUACGACGGGGCGCCGUUUCUGGUGCGCGCCACCGGUCAGGAGCCGUUUCAGACUUUCUCUGGGGGUGAGCCCCAGACCGAGCUGGCUGCACCCGGAGAGCCGAUUUGGUGUGAUAAUACUGGCAUUACGUGCCGCCGCUGGAAUUGGCGACAGGGUCCGCGCACGGCGCUGACGGACGACACCACGCGUGUACUAUUCAUUCUGGACGCAUUACAGCCGCUUUCAGACGAUACUCUCCAGCAGGCUGCGGACGAACUGGCCUCGGCCUUGAAAAGCCUGUCUCCCGAAGUACAGACAUCGCAACGUAUUAUCGACGCUUCUUCUGCCUGA